AUGAGCGAGGGUAGCAGCAGAGUGGGCCAGCUCCUCUGGCAGAGGCCAGUGUGCCUUAACUGGAGGCAAGAGAUGGAAGGGGCACUCUACCAUAUGGCCAACUGCUUCUUGCUCCUGGGCUUCAUGGGGGGCAGCGGGGUAUAUGGUUGCUUCUACCUCUUUGGAUUCUUGGGCACAGGCUAUCUGUGCUAUGUGCUGUGGGGUUGGUUCAAUGCCUGCGGCCUGGACAUCGUCCUGGGUUGCUCCUUGCUGGCGGUGGCCUGUCUAUUCCAGCUAGUGCACCUGGUAUACCGCCUACGCAAGGACACCCUCCCUGUGGAGUUCACUAUCCUCUACAAGACACUGUGCCAGCCCCUGCAGGUGCCCCUGCAGGCAUACAAGGAGAUAGUCCACUGCUGCGAGGAGCAGGUCUUGGCCCUGGCCACUGAGCAGACCUAUGCUGUGGAGGGUGAGACACCUAUCAACCGCCUGUCCUUGUUGAUUGCUGGCCGGGUUCGUGUGAGCCAGGAUGGGCAGUUUCUGCACUACAUCUUUCCGUACCAGUUCAUGGACUCUCCUGAGUGGGAAUCACUGCAGCCCUCUGAGGAGGGGGUAUUUCAGGUCACUCUGACAGCUGAGACGACAUGCAGCUACGUUUCCUGGCCCCGGAAAAGUCUCUACCUUCUGCUGGCUAAAGAUCGAUACAUCUCCAGCCUCUUCUCAGCCUUGCUGGGCUAUGACAUCUCCGAGAAGCUCUACGCUCUCAACGACAAACUCUUUGCUAAGUUUGGGCUGCGCUUCGAUAUCCGCCUCCCCAGCCUCUACCACGUCCUGGGUCCUGUGGCCCAGGAUGCAGGGCUAGAGUCUGAGAAGAAUGAUGAGGAAGUCUGUGAUCCAGCAGUGCCUCCGCCUCAGGCCCUGCCCACAUCUGUCCAGAAAACAACCCCUUGUCCUCCUCAUCCUGCAGUCACCAAUCCUCUGGCACCUCAUUCCAGGGCCAGGGUGUCCAGGUCUGACAGCGGCGUCGUGGGUGAGGACUCCACCAGUCUGGUGCUGGAGGAUUUUGAGGAGGUGUCAGGAUCAGAAUCUUUUAUGGAUUAUAGGAGUGAUGGGGAGUACAUGAGGUGA